GCGCGGGGGAACCCCUCCUUCCCGUCUUCCUUGCGGUCGACCGGUCUGCCUGCCCAGAUCCGCUGCCGAGCCCGGAUCGGAGGCGACAGUGCGGCCAAGUGGGCGCGGCCGGCACGAGUUGGGGGGCAGGGUGCCCGGGGCAGGGGGGCGGUGACCCGGGACAGUGCAGGCGGGAGAACAGACCCGCGGACCUCAGAGGGGAAUCUGAGAGCUCAGACCGUGAGCGGACGUGAAACUGGCCAGGGCUGGGGGCCAGAAACUGAUCAGCACUUCGGGGCUCAACUAAGAGGACGCCAGAGUGUUCUCCGGUGGCGCGGGGGAGCAGGUGAACAGGUCCUCACUCCCAGCUCCACGCCCUCACGCGCUCUCGCCCGGGCCCCGGCUCCCGUCCGCAGCCAUGGGCCCCGGCCCCAGCCGCGCCUCCCGCGUCCUACGCUCGAUGCUCUGCGCGCUCGCCUUGAUGGUGGCCGCCAGCGACCGCGUCGCCUCCGCCUUCAACCUGGACACGCGAUUCCUGGUGGUGAAGGAGGCCGGGAACCCGGGCAGCCUCUUCGGCUACUCGGUCGCCCUCCAUCGGCAGACGGAGCGGCAGCAGCGCUACCUGCUCCUGGCUGGCGCCCCCCGGGACCUUGCUGUGCCUGAUGGCUAUACCAACCAGACCGGUGCUGUGUACCUGUGCCCACUCACUGCCCACAAGGACGACUGUGAGCGGAUGGACAUUGCAGAGAAAAGUGACCCUGACCAUCACAUUAUUGAGGACAUGUGGCUCGGGGUGACUGUGGCCAGCCAGGGCCCUGCAGGCAGAGUCCUGGUCUGUGCCCACCGCUACACCCAGGUGUUGUGGUCGGGGUCGGAGGACCAGCGGCGCAUGGUGGGCAAGUGCUAUGUGAGGGGCAACGACCUGGAGCUGGACCCCGGUGAUGACUGGCAGACCUACCACAACGAGAUGUGCAACAGCAACACCGACUACCUGGAGACCGGCAUGUGCCAGCUGGGUGCCAGCGGCGGCUUCACCCAAAACACUGUGUACUUCGGCGCUCCUGGUGCCUACAACUGGAAAGGAAACAGCUACAUGAUUCAGCGGAAGGACUGGGAUUUAUCCGAAUAUAGUUACAAGGACCCAGGGGACCAAGGCAACCUCUACAUUGGCUACACGAUGCAGGUGGGCAGUGCCAUCCUGCACCCUACGAACACCACCAUUGUGACGGGUGCCCCUCGGCACCAACAUGUGGGCGCUGUCUUUUUGCUGAGCCAGGAGGCAGGUGGAGACCUGCGGAGGAGGCAGGUGCUGGAGGGCAGGCAGGUGGGCGCCUAUUUUGGCAGCGCCAUUGCCCUGGCAGACCUGAACAAUGAUGGGUGGCAGGACCUCCUGGUGGGUGCUCCCUAUUACUUUGAGCGGAAAGAGGAGGUAGGGGGUGCCAUUUAUGUCUUCAUGAACCAGGCAGGCACCUCCUUCCCGGCCCACCCCUCCCUCCUUCUUCACGGCCCCAGUCGCUCUGCCUUUGGCUUCUCCGUGGCAAGCAUCGGUGACAUCAACCAGGAUGGAUUCCAGGAUGUUGCUGUGGGAGCCCCUUUUGAGGGCUUGGGCAAAGUGUACAUCUACCACGGCAGCUCCAGGGGGCUCCUCAGACAGCCCCAGCAGGUAAUACACGGAGAGAAGCUGGGACUGCCUGGCUUGGCCACCUUCGGCUACUCCCUGAGUGGGCAGAUGGAUGUGGAUGAGAACUUCUACCCAGACCUGCUGGUGGGGAGCCUGUCAGACCACAUCGUGCUGCUGCGGGCCCGGCCUGUCAUCAACAUCCUCCACAGGACCUUGGUGGCCAGGCCAUCUGUACUGGACCCCGCACUCUGCACAGCCACCUCCUGUGUGCAGGUAGAGCUGUGCUUUGCUUACAACCAGAGUGCCGGGGACCCCAACUACAGGCGGAACAUCACCCUGGCCUACACUCUGGAGGCCGACCGGGACCGCCGCCCACCCCGGCUCCGCUUUGCACGCAGUCAGUCAGCUAUCUUCCAUGGCUUCUUCUCCAUGCCCGAGAUGCGCUGCCAGACGCUGGAGCUGCUCCUGAUGGACAACGUCCGUGACAAACUCCGACCCAUCAUCAUCUCCAUGAACUACUCUUUACCUUUGCGGAUGCCCGAGCGCCCCCGACUGGGGCUUCGGUCCCUGGACGCCUACCCGGUCCUCAACCAGGCUCAGGCUCUGGAGAACCACACGGAGGUCCAGUUCCAGAAGGAGUGCGGGCCGGACAACAAGUGCGACAGCAACUUGCAGAUGCGGGCGGCCUUCGUGUCUGAGCUGGGGCAGCAGCUGAGCAGGCUCCAGUACAAUAGAGACUUCCGAAAACUGCUGCUGAGCAUCAACUUGACCAACACCCCGAGCCGGGAGCGGGCUGGGGAAGACGCCCACGAGGCGCUGCUCACCCUGGCGGUGCCUCCCGCCCUGCUGCUGUCCUCAGUGCGCCCCCCUGGAGCCUGCCAAGCCAACGAGACCAUCGUUUGCGAGCUGGGGAACCCCUUCAAACGGAACCAGAAGAUGGAGCUGCUGAUCGCCUUCGAGGUCAUUGGGGUGACCCUGCACACAAGGGAACUCCAGGCACAGCUGCAGCUCUCCACGUCAAGUCACCAGGAUGACCUGUCGCCCAUGACCCUGACUCUGCUGGUGGACUACACACUCCAGGCCUCGCUCAGCAUGGUGAGUCACCGGCUACAAAGCUUCUUUGGGGGGACAGUGAUGGGUGAGUCUGGCAUGAAAACUGUGGAGGAUGUGGGAAGCCCUCUCAAGUAUGAGUUCCAGGUGGGCCCAGUGGGGGAAGGGCUGGCAGCCCUUGGUACCCUGGUCCUGGGGCUGGAGUGGCCCUAUGAAGUCAGCAAUGGCAAGUGGCUGCUGUACCCCACGGAGAUCACGGUCCACGGCAAUGGGUCCUGGCACUGCCGGCCACCUGGAGACCUUGUCAACCCUCUCAACCUCACCCUCUCUGUUCCUGGGGACAGGCCGCCAUCUCCACAACGCAGGCGGCGACAACUGGACCCCGGGGGAGGCCAGGGCCCCCUGCCUGUCACUCUGGCUGCUGCCAAAAAAGCCAAGUCUGAGAUCCAGCUGAGCUGUGGCAGUGACCACACCCGCUGUGUGUGGCUGGAGUGCCAGAUUCCUGAUGCCCCCGUCAUCACCAAUGUGACAGUGCAGGCACGAGUGUGGAACAGCACCUUCAUCGAGGAUUACAAAGACUUUGACCGAGUCAGGGUAGCCAGCUGGGCCACCCUGUUCCUGCGAACCAGCGUCCCCACCAUCAACAUGGAGAACAAGACGGUGCGGUUCUCCGUGGACAUUGACUCUGACCUGGUGGAGGAGCUGCCAGCCGAGAUCGAGCUGUGGCUGGUGCUUGUGGCUGUGAGUGCCGGACUGCUGCUGCUGGGGCUGAUCAUCCUCUUGCUGUGGAAGUGCGGCUUCUUCAAGCGAGCCCGCACUCGGGCCCUGUAUGAAGCUAAGAGGCAGAAGGCGGAGAUGAAGAGCCAGCCAUCAGAGACAGAGAGGCUGACGGACGACUACUGAGGGGGGCAGCCCCCCGCCCCUGGUCCACCUGGUGUGACUUCUUUAAGCGGACCCGCUAUUACCGGAUCAUGCCCAAGUACCACGGGGUGCGGAUCCGGGAGGAGGAGCGCUACCCACCUCCA